CCUCUUGUGGACACGGGCAUAUUGGCACUUGCCUUGAGCUUCUCCUCUCUGAUCCUUUGCUGCCCUCCGGUGGCCAGAGAGGGAAGUGCACGCCCGAGCCGUGGAGGCGCCUCUCUGCUGCCAUCCUGUGGACAUUGUGGGAAGCGGCACCUCCCGAGGAUAAAGUGUCAUAGAGCCUAUUCUUUGAGGGCGGAGUCCCACCCGGGAGGGAGGGAAGGCGGAAGUCCCGCCUCCCGCCUUCGCGCGCCAUCUUGGGGCCGGGCGGAAGUGCAGCGAGAGCGGGCGGAAGGGGAGUUCCUCGAUGGCGGCCGAGAGGAGGAGGAGGAGGUAACCUCUGAACAAACCUGUGAGAGCUUUGCUCUAGGGAUGCCUUCGGACUGAAAUGAAGGCUGACUGCACUGGCAAGAACAAGGAAUAAGUAGGAGAAAAAAGUAUUUCAAGCGACAUCCUUGGAGGAAAGGGAAGGUUGUGCCAUUAAAAGAGGGGCUUGGGAAAGAGACCAGAAGGCUACGGCAAUACACAGACAGAGAAGAGGAAAUCCUGUGUAUUGUUCAGGUGUUCAUAUCUGUGACCUUCUGGCAUAAUAUUGAAUCAUAAAUAAAAAGAAUGGAAAAUCUCAAUCCCUGUUCCACAUUACACACAGGGGAGCAGCUCCAUAAGUGUACAGACUGCGGGAAAUGUUUCACGGGGAGAAGUUCUCUGGCUAAACAUCAACAAACCCACACAGGAGAGAAGCCCUACACAUGCAUGGAAUGUGGAAAGGGCUUUGGUCAGAGCAGAGACCUCCUUUCCCACCAAAGGACCCACACAGGGGAGAAGCCAUAUAUGUGCCUGGAAUGUGGAAAGAGCUUCACUCGGAGUGGAGAUCUCCAUCGCCAUCGUAGGAUCCACACAGGGGAGAAGCCACAUCAAUGCAUGGAGUGUGGCAAGAGCUUCAGCCAGAGUGGAGAUCUGCAUUCCCACCAAAGGACCCACACAGGGGAGAAGCCACAUCAGUGCAUGGAGUGUGGAAAGAGCUUCAUUCACAGUGGACAGCUGCGUCGCCAUCAAAGGAUCCACACAGGGGAGAAGCCAUAUACGUGCAUGGAAUGUGGAAAGAGCUUCACUCAGAGUGGAGAACUGCGUUCCCAUGAAAGGACCCACACAGGGGAGAAACCGUAUACAUGCACGGAAUGUGGAGCGAGCUUUGGUCGGAGUGGAGAUCUGCGUUCCCACCAAAGGACCCACACAGGGGAGAAGCCACAUCAGUGCAUGGAGUGUGGAAAGAUCUUCAGCCUGAUUGGACAGCUGCAUUCCCAUCAAUGGACCCACACUGGGGAGAAGCCAUAUGCAUGCAUGGAGUGUGGAAAGAGCUUCAGUCAGAGCGGAGAACUGCGUUCUCACCAAAUGACCCACACGGGGGAGAAGCCCUAUCAAUGCACGGAAUGUGGAAAGAGCUUCUGUCGGAGCGGAGGUCUGCGUCGCCAUCAAAGGACCCACACAGGGGAGAAGCCACAUCAGUGCAUGGAAUGUGGAAAGAGCUUCAGUCAGAGUGGACACCUGCAUUCCCAUGAAUGGACCCACGCAGGGGAGAAGCCCUAUCAAUGCAUGGAGUGUGGGAAGAGUUUCAGUCUGAAAGGACGUCUGGACCGCCAUCAAAGGACCCACACAGGGGAGAAGCCCCAUCAAUGCAUGGAGUGUGGAGAGAGCUUCAGUCAGAGUGGCGAUCUGCAUUCCCACCAAAGGACCCACACAGGGGAGUAGUCACACCAGUGCAGGGAAUGUGGAAAGACCUUCAGUCAGAGUGGACAGUGGAACUCUCUGCCCAGAGUGUGAUGGGGGCUCCUUCUUUGGACGCUUUUAAGCAGAGGCUGGACGGCCAUCUGUGGGGGGUGCUUUGAAUGUGAUUUCCCUGCUUCUUGGCAGGAGGUUGGACCAGAGUCUGGUAUGGCUUGCUUUUGAAAAAUCCAUGCAGACUUUUAGUGAUCACAGCAUCCCUUUCUAGGGUUUUGGCAUACCUUGUCUUUGCUUUAUAAACCUCAACCUUGAUACUGAGAGAAGAUCCUUGGACCACGAGGCCAUCCCUUCUGCUUUGUGUAUAUUUAUCCCUGCUUGGUGUGAACCCCCUGUAGUAACUGAGACUGCUUAAUGAUUAUUUAU